AUGGGAGCAUAUCGUUAUAUGCAGGAGUUGUGGCGAAAGAAGCAGUCAGAUGUGAUGCGCUUCUUGCUCCGUGUGCGGUGCUGGCAAUAUAGGCAACUGUCAAACCUUCACCGUGCUCCAAGACCUACCAGACCAGAUAAAGCCCGUAGGUUGGGUUAUAAGGCUAAACAAGGUUAUGUGAUUUACCGUAUCCGUGUGCGCCGUGGAGGUCGCAAACGCCCUGUACCCAAGGGGGCCACUUAUGGAAAGCCAGUGAACCAUGGUGUGAAUCAGAUCAAGUUUGCCCGCAGUUUGCAGUCCACUGCUGAGGAACGCGCUGGCCGUCACUGUGGUGCCCUGAGAGUGCUUAACUCUUACUGGGUGGGUGAAGACUCAACUUACAAGUUCUUUGAGGUCAUCUUGAUAGACCCCUUCCAUAAGGCUAUAAGGCGUAACCCGGACACCCAGUGGAUCACAAAGCCCGUGCACAAGCACAGAGAGAUGCGCGGCCUAACCUCCGCGGGCAAGAAAAGCCGUGGCCUUGGCAAGGGUCACAAGUUCCACCAGACCAUCGGAGGUUCCCGCCGGGCGGCGUGGAAGAGGCGUAAUACUCUGCAGCUGCACCGUUAUCGUUAG